AUGGAGUUUAAGAAGAAGUAUAUCGGAAAUGAGUAUCUGGAAGAUAGAAGAAGAGAAUUUAUCAGUCUGAGGCAGAGACAACUGUCAGAGGUGGAAUAUGAGAGAGAGUUUGUAAGACUGAGCAGAUACAGGAGAGAAAUAGUCCCUACGGAAGCAGACCGAUGUAGGAGAUUUGAAGAGGGGCUAAACGACAAUAUCAAGUUAAUGAUAACAGCUUUGGGGAUUAUAGACUUUGCAAAACUGGUUGAAGCUGCACUAAAAGUGGAAAGGGUUAGAGUAAGUGAACAAAGUAGGAAAGAUAGGCAGCAUCAUUUCAUAAGGGAUUGCCCCCAGAGGAGUGGUUCAACAACUCUAGCACAAGCUGAUAGACCUGCCCCCACAAUGCAAAGGGGUAGAAGACCUGGUAGAGCAGAGACAUCUGAAAUUUCAUAG